AUGACCACCUCAGCCACCCAUCACCACCUCACCGUGCCUCCUCACCUUGCAAAGAAAAUCACCUCUGACAGCAAAGAGGACGAGCUACGUGCGCUUCAAUCAAACCCUCAUUGUCGGCUCAAUGUGAACAACAGUAACAACAGUGAGGAUAAGAAGGAUAAUGAGGAAAAGGAAAAAGAAGAAGAGCAGGGGGAAGACAAAGAGGAGGAAAAGGAAAAAGAAGAAGAAAAGGGGGAAGACAACAAGGAGGAAAAUGAAAAAGAAGAAGAGCAGGGGGAAAAGAAAGAGGAGGAAAAGGAAAAAGAAACGGACAAGGACAAAGAAAAAGAAAAAGAAAAGGAAAAGGAAAAGGAAAAGGAAAAGGACAAAGACAAAGACAAGGACAAAGAUAAACCCAAAGAAUUGUUUGUCAUUAAUCCUGCUGGGAAUCUAUAUUACAACUGGCUGUUCAUCAUCACACUACCAGUCAUGUACAACUGGACCACGAUCAUAGCCAGGGCUAGCUUUGAGGAGCUGCAGGACAACUUCAUCCUUUACUGGAUUGUUUUGGAUUACGCCUCCGACGUGGUCUACCUGGCUGAUAUGCUUGUCAGGACCAGAACAGGUUACCUGGAACAAGGUCUGCUGGUGAAAGAUGAGAAGCUGCUGCGGGAUCGCUACAUCAGCAGCUUCCAGUUUCGCCUUGAUGUUGUCUCCAUGCUGCCCACCGACAUCUUCUAUUUCAUCCUGGGCCUCAACUACCCAGAGAUCCGCAUCAACAAGCUGCUGAGAAUCGGACGCUUGAUGGAGUUCUUCGCGAGGACAGAGACCAAAACCAAUUACCCCAACAUCUUCCGCAUCGGAAACUUGAUCAUGUACAUCCUCAUUAUUAUCCACUGGAAUGCCUGUUUCUACUUCUCCUUCUCCAAGUCUAUUGGUUUUGGGGCCGACGACUGGGUAUACCCAGCUCUGGAUGAUCCAGAGGAGCCUGCAUUUGGACUGCCCAUGAGGAAGUAUUCGUUCAGCCUCUACUGGUCCACACUGACCCUGACCACCAUCGGAGAAACACCACCACCAGCUCUGGACUCAGAGUUUUUCUUCCAUGUGGCUGACUUUUUAGUUGGAGUCUUGAUUUUCGCCACAAUUGUAGGAAACAUCGCCACCAUGAUCUCCAACAUGAAUGCUGCCCAAGCCCAGUUUCAGGCCCGAAUCGACAACAUCAAGCAAUAUAUGCAGGUUCGAAAAGUCAGCAAGGAGCUUGAGUUGCGAGUCAUCAAGUGGUUUGACUAUCUGUGGAACAACGGUAAGGCACAGGAUGAAAGAGAGGUGCUGCGGUACCUUCCAGACAAACUCAAGGCUGAAAUUGCCAUCCAGGUCCACAUGGAGACGCUCAAAAAAGUUCGGAUUUUUGCGGACUGCGAGGCUGGCCUGUUGAUCGAGCUGGUGCUCAAGCUACGGCCUCAAGUCUUCAGCCCUGGAGACUAUAUCUGCAAGAAAGGCGACAUCGGGCGCGAGAUGUAUAUCAUCAAAGAUGGGAAACUGGCAGUCGUUGCAGACGAUGGUGUCACACAGUUUGUUGUCUUGGGAAGUGGCAGCUAUUUCGGUGAGAUCAGCAUUCUCAAUAUCAAAGGCAGCAAAGCAGGGAACAGGCGGACAGCCAACAUUCGCAGCAUCGGAUACUCAGACCUCUUCUGCUUGUCCAAGGACGACUUGAUGGAGUCUCUGACCGAGUAUCCAGACGCUAAAGGCAUGCUGGAAGAGAAAGGCCGGCAGAUCCUGAUGAAAGACGGUCUGAUCGAGCUGGACCCCGCUAACAUUUUGCCUGAGGUGCAAGAGCUGGAGGAGAAGGUCAACAGAUUGUAUAACACUAUGGAUUUGAUGCAGAGCAAGCUAAAGAAGAUUCUGGGAAAUUACAAAAGCGCCGACAAAGCCCUGAGAUACCGCAUCACAGACCUGGAGCGCCUGACAGGAGAGGAGGUAGAGGAUGAGGAUGACGAGGAAGAGGAGACCGGGCACAAGGGAGUGAUGGAGCACACGUUGCUUAUCCCAGGGAAACGCUGCCUAUAA